CAUGUGCAGCCGAGUACUUGGUUUGUUACGCGCCUUGCUUUACACUGCGUUUGGGAGGUGCAGGCAGCGAGUCUCUCCUGAUCGCAGCGAUGGCAGUUCAGGCUGGACUUCAGGUGUGGCUGGGGGAGAAGUUUGACGCACCCUUGCCGGCCCCCCGCAGCCCCCUGAACGCUCGCCAUGGCCCAGGCUUAGGGGAUGUGUUCCAGUAUGACCAAUGGCUAGCGGUGCGGCACGAAGCCACCCUGCUGCCCAUGCAGGAGGACCUGGCGCUCUGGCUCUCCUCCAUGCUGGGGCAGGAAGUAUGCGCGGAGCGCUUCAUGGAGGAGCUAAGCAACGGAGUCAAGCUCUGUGAGCUGGUGGAAGUGUUACAGAGCAAGAUCGGACAGAGCUGCGGCUCAGACAGGUUGCAGGUGAGGGACUUGCCCUUAGACAAGUCCUGCACUUUCAUCACGGCGCAAACUCGCACACAGUGGGUACAGGCGUAUGGGUGCGUAUCGUCCGAUUCCCUCGUUUUUCCCCAGCACUUCCCAAUGAAGAAGGUGGCGUACAGAAAGGAUGCCUCUCCAGGAUCUUUUUUUGCCCGUGACAACACAGCGAACUUCCUGUGUUGGUGCAGGAGCAUUGGCGUGGAUGAGACGUACCUGUUUGAAUCCGAGGGCUUAGUUCUCCACAGGGAGCCACGGCAGGUGUGCCUCUGCCUGCUGGAGGUCGGCCGCAUCGUGUCCAGGUAUGGAAUAGAGCCCCCAGUCUUGGUGAAGCUGGAGAAGGAGAUCGAGUUGGAGGAGUCACUCCUGCUUUCCAGCAGCCCUGCUCCUGCGGUGAAGACCUUCACCGUAUGCUGCCGACAUGGAGGCUUGUAUCAGGCGGUCCAGGACAUAGCAGAUGGCCCUCCUUGUGAUUGCUCUCAGCGGUUCUCCAUUGAAUACCUCUCAGAGGGCCGCUACCGACUGGGGGACAAGAUUCUCUUCAUCAGGAUGCUGCACGGGAAGCACGUGAUGGUGCGUGUGGGAGGUGGCUGGGACACUCUACAGGGAUUUCUGCUUAAGUAUGACCCAUGCAGGGUCCUGCAGUUUACCACAUUGGAGCAGAAAAUCCUGGCCUUCCAGAAGGGUCCACCAAGUUCAGUGCUAUCUAGCUCCCCUCUACCAAGCAGGACUCCCCAGCCACCUACCAUGAAUCCCCUCUUAGCUGUCAGCUUGACCUCGUCCACAAAGAAUGGGACCCAAGCAUCUCCACCCCCUGUGGUCUCGCAAAGGAAGACGGUAGCCCCGUCUCCUGCCAGUACACCAGUUCGACCCAGGAAGGGUGUUGCACAAAAAAAGACUCUGGUCUCCCAGGCCCCAUUUCAGCGGCCCCAGGAUUCUGUUUUGACCGGCCGUUCCUCGGUUCUUCCACCUCGAGUGCCUCGCCAUACCCCUGAAACCGUGACUCCCCAAGUUACCCCAUCACAAACCCCAAGCACUGUCUAUCCUGCACCUUCCUGUAAAUAUUCCAAACCGUCUUUGGACCCUGUACCUCAUUCUGCUGACAACAGAGGCCCCCAUUUCCCAGCCUCAGUCUCCCCCACUGUCAAAGAUCUGAUGAGAGAAGACCAGCAGCAGGAUGAGCGUUCCCCAGUGAUUACAGUAUGCUGUCAGUUGCCGCAGAAGCAACCUAGUCGUCCUUCAUUUCAUCCGGAUAUCAAGAAUAUACAUCAGACAGCUCAUCCAUCCUCCCCAAGAGGGUCUCGGUCAACAAAAGUCCAUAAGUGUGUCAUGGUACAAGACCUCAAGACCAAGACACCAUCCCCUGUGGCUAAAUUUUCACCUCCUAAGACCCUGCCCCUUGUAAAUAAGUCUCAACUUACUAAGACUAAGGCUCAACUCUCUGCAGCAAAGAUGCCCCCUUCCAAGAGCAAAGCCCAACACCCUGCAGCCAAGACUCCACUUCCCAAGACCCAACACCCUUGUGCCAAGUUGCCAUCCUCCAAGAUCAAGACGAUACCUUCUGCAGCCAAGGUGCCACCUUUCAAGGCAUUGCAACCUGUAGCCCAGAUGUCUUCCUCUAAGACAAAGGCUCCGCAACCUGCAGCAAAGGUGCCUUCCCCCAAACCGAAGGCUGCGCAACCUGCAGUCAAGGUGCCUUCCCCCAAGAUGAAGGCUCCGCAACCUGCAGUCAAGGUGCCAUGCCCCAAGGUGAAGGCUCCGCAACCUGCAGUCAAGGUGCCAUGCCCCAAGGUGAAGGCUUCGCAACCUGCAGUCAAGGUGCCAUGCCCCAAGGUGAAGGCUUCGCAACCUGCAGUCAAGGUGCCAUGCCCCAAGGUGAAGGCUCCGCAACCUGCAGUCAAGGUGCCCUCCCCCAAGAAUAAAGCUUCGCAACCUGCAGCCAAGGUGCCCUCCCCCAAGAAUAAGGCUCCACAACCUGCAGCCAGGGUGCACUCCAAGAAUAAGGGUCCACAACCUGCCGUUAAGGUGCCCUCCCCCAAGAAUAAGGCUUCACAACUUGCAGCCAAGGUGCAACAUCCCAAUAUCAAGCCCCCACUUCCUUUAGCCAAGAUGCCAUCUUACAAGACCCCACAUCCUGCUCCUAAGGGACCAGUUACCACAACCAGAAAACAGACCUCUUCAGUCCAUUCUUUGGUACCAAAAUUCUCUGCUCCAUUGAAGAGUAGGUGCUUACAUGGCAAAAUACAGUCUUCUGGCAGAACUAUAGGACAAACUCAAGUUUCACACAUUGCACCCAAACAUGUUCAGGAUACUCAUUGCUGUUCUGUACCGGUUGUCAAGGGAUUCCAGAGGACAGCCAUGCCCCUAAAGGCUGGGCUUAGGAAAACCCCUGUUCUUCAGGGGGCUCCUCAGAAAGAGAAUAAUGCCCCUGGCUCAGUCGUUAAACCCAUUUCCAAAAUCAUAGCACCCAUGCCUUCCAAAAAGGUUGGACCUUGUGUGAAGAGUAGUCCAGAACCGAAGAACAAAAAGGAGUACCUUUAUUUUGAAAUGAAUAUUAAGCAAAAGUGAACAAUUUAUGCAGAUGGAAGAAGGCUAAUUCCAUUUUAAGGGCUACAAAAUGUUACACUUAUUAAUUGUACUGCAUUCAUCAAUGGCAGACUUGCAUAUGAAAAAGCACUUGUUGUGCACUAAAAACUUUUGGAUUGAUUGUCCAGUUUUAUAUAUGUAUGUUGUAUGAUACAUUUGUGUUGCGGUCCUUGAUUGAGAAUGUUUUGCAUUGUUUAAUGUGUCUUCCGUUUUAUAUUUCAGUGCCUUUUUAAGUAUAUAAUGCGGUAAGUAAAGAUCAAGGGUCUGUGCUGUACUGUGAGUGUAACAGCACACGUCCGAAAUGUAGUGCUGACAGUGUAGUUGGGUGAGAGCUCACUGUUCUUGAGUUGCAUUUCCGUUACAGUGGAGUUGUAUUUAUAUUCUGUGUUUCUAUUCUAUUUCAUCUGAUUUCUUUGAUUACUGUUGCUUUUUUGUGCAGUCUGUAAAUCGGGCUGUUUACAAACUGUAUUUGUGUAAAUGUAUGACAUGAAUGGUUGAGCACAUCUUGCAGUCUCAAGUUUCAACAAUGUGUGACUUUUUUACCCUUAUUGAAAUCAUUACCUCAUUGGGUGGUUCUAAGUCAUAAACCCUGUACAUGUAUACUACUACUCAAAAAAAAAAAAAUUUGAAAAUUAAGGUUACCAAAUGCAUUUUUAUGUAAAAUAGUACUGAGCUUAUGUGGCAUCCUACUGAAGUUAUACCUUUAGAAUCUCCAUGUUUUUGAAUUUUGUUUUGAAAUGGUACUUUUUUUUUCUGUAGAGGUUGGUAAGGCAAAUCAUAAGUUACUGUCAACGAUCUCCAGUUUCAGUAAGUCAAUAAAAACCGGAAUUGAAUACUGAAAAUAUUAUACAUAAAUAUAACACUGUGUGAGCUUUGUGUUAAGGAAUUUUAAGUUAUGAAAUGCCACC